UCGUCGUCUUCUUGGCUGUCCGGCACUCACUCUGGCCACAUUUCGAUCGCAGGCCAUCGCAUGUUCCUCUCCGGCUCCGGCCCAGAAAGACAAGCCAUCAAUGGAUCCUUGCAACCCGCCGUUAUCAUCGAGGCCGGCCUUGGCAGCUGCCACAGCGAAUGGGUCGUUGUUCAGCGCCUGAUUGCUGAACGCGCUCGAGUGUACUCCUACGAUCGGGCUGGAUACGGACAAAGCGAGAAUUCUCCCCUUGCACCUACAGCCCACAAUCGAGUGUCUGAGCUGUCGCAGUUACUGGAGGUGGCUGGGAUUAGACCCCCUUAUGUGCUAGUCGGCCACUCGUAUGGUGGUGUCCUCAUACGGGAGUUUCUGCGCGUUCACACCAAGGAGAAGGUAGUGGGGAUGGUGAUUGUCGAUUCCUGGAGAGUACCCAAUCCCUUGCCACGUGGCUGGUUUACCUUGAUGGGUGACUCUUCAUUCAAUGCGAUUGUCGGUCUGAAUGCAAACCACAGAUACUCGCCGGCCGAGUAUGCGACUGUUGAAGAGGACGAGACUCGAAAUGCGCCCACGUUCAGAAUCGAAGAACCACUAGUAUUAGAGAGUAUGGCUCGAGUCAACACUGAAAUGCCGGUUGAUUUUCAGGCCCUCGGUGAUGGGCGGCUGAGUGUAAUCUUCGGCAACCGAUCGGCCGAUUUCGGCAAGAUUCUCGAGUUCGGGAUCGCGCAUGGCUGUGGAACGCCUGAGGCAAGAGAUAACCUUGCUGCGCGUUUGGAGGAUAUGGAGCAGGUUGAUGAGAACGGUCAGCGGGCUCAUCUGGGAUUAUCGAGCCAAAGUCGAUUUAUCCGUGCUCAGGGCAAGGCUCAGACGCAUAAUGUGCAUUAUGUGGCUCCGGAGAUGAUUCGAGAUGAGGUAUUUUGGGUAUUGGGCUUGACUGAACUGACUGGUUGACACUGAUGUCAAUCUGUAAACAUGUUAGGUGAGGCGUAUAUGAAGUCAAUGAUGGACGAUGUUCCAAUGGUGAUUUGCCUCUUAAAAAGACUUGGAUAAUUAUUGCCAUGGUGAUGUUCUGCUGAAAGACAUGAG